AUGGUCUUCUGUGCCUACUGUGGUAAGAGCUUUACCAGAAAAGAGCAUCUGGAAAGGCAUAUCCCCAGUCAUACCAACGUCAAGCCCCAUCGAUGCAGUGCCUGUCAACUAUCCUUUGCACGCAGGGACCUUCUCCAGAGGCAUCAUUCUACUUAUCACGAAGCCAGAGAUCCAAUGGAGCCCUUGCCAGGAGGUGUUCCUACGGUAGCCGGCCGUACCCCUAUCGCCUGUCAAAAUUGUGCCAAUGCGAAGACUGGUUGUGACAAAAGAGUGCCUUGCUCGCGGUGCGCCGAGAAAAGCUUGCCGUGCGCAGCUAGAUUCGCGCGAAGAUCGUCCAAGGCUGCCGUCAGGGCUGCCCAAGCCAGCGCCACCUUUCAGCAGCAGCUCAUGCCUCCUGGCGUCCAAGGGCACCAGCCUGUCCACCCCAUAAGCUUCAUGGACAUCACGCCGACAUUGAGUAAACAGGCAUCGCCGCCACAGCCCCUGACGUCCGCUGUACCGCAAACGGACCAGCUUAUGAUAGGCCAGAAAUCUUCACCUUCACAUUCUCAUCGUGGCUCCGUCGACUUCCCAUCGCCUUCAGCACAUGCCGAAGCCCUUGAAGAGUUCAUGCAGCUUGACGGUAUUGACAAUACUGACUUUAUGAACCCGAACCCCAACUACCAAGACAUGAUGACCUGGCCCGAUUACUCAUUGGAUUUCGACAUGUACGGCAAUGCGAUGGGUCCUCUUCCUCAAGACUUGUCGAUGCCCACCUUUGCAGACUUCAGCGACAUUGCUUCAACGUCGGAGCCUAUGACAACCGCUUCAUCGCGAGGCUCGACACACACUCGGAGUACCAGUAUCAUUUCGGCCGCCGAAUUUGAAGCUUCUUUCAGGACCACCGUGGAACCUGUUGUGGAGUCUAUAAGCGGCGAAGCCAGCAUUGCCGAGUUUGAGGUCGUCGUUGCUGCCGAGAAUUCUUGGCCAUUGGCCCGUUGUAACCCGCCUAUCUACUCCAGCACAUGCCCUCGAACAGCCAUCGUUCACCUCGAGUGCCUCGAGAGGAAGUGCAAGGAAGAAGGCACAUGGAAUCCGCUCGAGGAGUACAUCGAUACGGUAGACUGGGAUGCUUCCGACUUGGCCACCGUCAUUCCAAUAACCUCGCGCACACGCGACAGGAUGCUGGCCAUCACCCAGUCCUUCCUCCACAAGGCACUUGACGUCCAUCGCGGCGGCAUCAGCAAGAAAAACCCAGGCUGCUCGAGCCCUAAUGAUUUCAGCUUCAUCGUCCUUCCGCCUCCUAAAAUCUUGGAAUACUUCCUUCGCAGCUACGUCCGCAGCCUGUCUUACUAUUACCCCCUCGUAGUCGCCGGUUGCGUUGAUCCCAACGAAAUGCUCAUCAACAAUCAAGCUUCGACGCUUCUCGUGCUUCUCAUGAUUGCACAGGGCGCCUCUGCUGUCCCGAUGGCCGAGGCCAGAUAUCUUUCCGCGGGUCUUAUUGAGACAUGCCGUAUAUCCCUGUUUGACAUGAUCGAGAAGGACGUCGAGCUAUCGGCAGACCCAGUGGCCUUGCGUUGCGCACUACUCUUCACAACCCUUGGCGCAUGGAGUGGCGACAAGUGGCUGAUGGACAUUGCCAUGGGCCAGAGGGGCAUGUAUCUUUCUAUGCUCAGGCAUGCUGGUAUGCUCGAGAUCCAGCCAUCGAUGGUUCCGGUACCAAAAAGCACAACGAGCAGCGAACUGCAGUGGAGGGCAUGGCUGCACCGCGAACUCCAGAAUCGGUAG